AUGGAGCAAUUACCAAAUGGACAAUUUUUUGAACGCAUUUCUCCAUACGUUGAAAAUCAAAUUCAUUUAUUGUCACUGAAAGAUCAAUGCCAAUUAUAUUUAUUUAAUGAAUUUUUCGAACAGCAGACACCAGCGUCGAAAGCAAUACCAACUCAUCGUUCAUUGAAAUUGAAUAAGAAUAAAGAACAACCAUACCAGAAGACAUUAAAUAAGAUAAAAUCAGUUUUUCAAUUACAAAAAAAUUUACGAUAUUUAACAUUAAUUGAUGAUCGUAGCCCUAGCACAUAUGAUACGAUUUCGCUUGAUGAUGAAGAUCGGUCACCUGUGCGUAUUGGCUUUCACUUUGAACGAUUAUCAGCAGAAUUCUGUAUAAAUUUGACAGAACUUCGUCUUUUCGUAUAUUUUGAUACAUGUCAAACACUCGAACAGAUUAUAUUAAAUCGUUACUUAUCAACAAACUUAACACAUUUAACAUUAGUUCCACAAUUUCGACCCAUCAGUUUCACAAGCCAUGGGAGACGACGAUUACAACAUAUCGAAGAUUCUGGUCUAUUUCAUAGUGAUGUAGCGUCAGUUGAACGCAUAAAUGUAAACACCAAAUGGGAAUUUCGAAUCCCAUUUAAACUGCGCCAUUUAGUAGAAUUUUGUCUUCAAGUAUUAAGUGCAACACCAAACCUAAAGAUAUUGUAUCUAUAUGAUGGCAGUUCUAAAGGAAUGAUUAGCAUAUUGAAAUUUCUUCUCAUAUCUCAAUUCAAAAAUUUAACAAGUUUAAUAGUGUGA